AAAAUUCAAGAGGCGGCGAAUUCUUACGCCGACGUUUCUGGCAAGCUUGUGUACAUGAUUGGUAGAAGAAAUCGUAAAUUGAAUCCUGAUAAGGAGAAUGAGAUCAUAGAUUUAGCAAGAGAUGUAGGCGACAUGACAACUCUCCUUCUGGUGAAAGCAACAGAGUUAACAGCUGUGGCCGACGACGACCCUCAGUCGAACAAAGUAGACGAUGCUGGAGUGGCCUGCGCUGAUGCUGCUAGGGAUCUGCUCGUUUGUGCUCAAUUAUCAGCUCCAACGAUCUACGAACCCCACUGCCAAACCGCAAUAACAGCUUCAGCAGAAAUCCUCGCAUCUUCAGCUCAACAUCUCACUACGACAUGGAAACCGUUAGUAGAAGAUCCUGCCAGGCAUCAGAUUGGAGAAGAACUGUCAAAAGGCACCCUAGACUUAACUAAAGCUUUGGAACGACUGAAGGCUGCUUAUGCCAACUUAGGGGAUGACGACGUCUUUAUGCAAGAACCUGAAGACAACCCUGCGCAACUCCAAAGACUACGCUUCAUUACUAGCGUAAAUACUACAAAGAAUGCCAUGAAAGAUGCACAGGAGGAACUUAAUAAGCCAACACCGCUAGCAAAACUAACGGACCAGCAAGCCGAUGAACUACAGAACAAAGUGUCCCAAAAGAUGGGCCAGAUCAAUGCGGCUGUUGCUUCCCUUUUGCAAGCUAAGUCAGAUCCUAACAACCCGGAUUACAACACAGCUGAAUUGGCCAUGACCACCAUUUCGGAAUUGAUGCCUGAAGUUAUUAAAGACAUAAACAAGCUGUGCGGCUCGUGCAGCGGCGAUCGCAUGCGCCAGGCCAUGCUGAACGACGUGCGUUCGUGGUGCGACGGCAUCAGCGACGUCUGCGACUGCGCAGCGGCAGACGAUCAGCAGGCACUCGACGAGGCUGCAAAACGGUUUGCGAAGGCAUCAAGAAAACUUUCGUUUGUAUUCAGCCCACUGGCUAACAAAGCGAGGGAACAACUUCUGCUGGAGCUGUUCACGUCGGCGCACAACCAGGCGCUGAAGCUGGCGGACGACUCUUGCAAGAUGGCGGACGCGCUGGGCGGCGCGGGCGGGGCGCGGCUGCGCGAGCGCAGCGGGCUCGUGGCCGACAACGCGCGCGUGCUGCGCACGGCCGUGGAGCUUACAGCCCCGUCAAUACACGAUCCACGUUGCCAAUCAGCGCUUCUCUCGUCCACGGAAACCCUCGCAGUAUCAGCACAGCGACUGGUAUCGGAGACGGUCUCUCUUCAAGACGACGAAACCGGCUGCCGCAUUCUCGAGGUCAAGCUGCAUCAGCAAAGGGCGCAUAUCCAGAUGCAAGAGCAGAUGCUGCAGAAAGCAUUGCAGGGGAUCCGGGACACUUUCAGUGACGGAGUUGUUGUUCAACAAG